CCCCGGCUCGCUGGGGUCCUGCGGGGCGGCGGCGGGCGGGCGGAUCCCGGUGUCUCCUUCAGUUCGCCCUCCAGUGCCAGCGCCUGCAGCAGCGCGGCCUCCUCCCCGCUCCGCCUGGCCCCGGCCCCGCUCCUCCGCCGUCCCGCGCCAGCCAGCUCCAAUGGCAAUUCCUCCAUCGUAUGCAGACCUUGGCAAAUCUGCCAGAGAUAUCUUCAAUAAAGGAUAUGGGUUUGGGUUGGUGAAGCUGGAUGUGAAAACAAAAUCUGCAAGUGGAGUGGAGUUCACAACAUCUGGUUCUUCGAACACCGACACUGGAAAAGUUAAUGGGAGCUUGGAGACCAAAUACAAGUGGGCUGAAUAUGGGCUGACUUUCACAGAAAAAUGGAACACAGAUAACACUCUGGGAACAGAAAUUGCAAUUGAAGAUCAGAUUGCCAAAGGCUUGAAGUUGACGUUUGAUACAACUUUCUCACCAAAUACAGGAAAGAAGAGUGGUAAAAUCAAGUCAGCAUAUAAACGUGAAUGCCUAAACCUCGGUUGUGAUGUUGACUUUGACUUUGCUGGGCCUGCAAUCCAUGGUUCAGCUGUCUUCGGUUAUGAAGGCUGGCUGGCUGGUUAUCAGAUGACUUUUGAUAGUGCCAAAUCAAAAUUGACAAGGAACAACUUCUCUGUGGGUUACAAGACUGGAGACUUCCAACUGCACACUAAUGUCAAUGAUGGUUCUGAAUUUGGUGGGUCAAUUUACCAGAAAGUGAGUGACAAUCUUGAAACUGCUGUAAACCUGUCCUGGACAGCAGGUAGCAACAGCACUCGCUUCGGUAUUGCAGCUAAAUACAAGUUGGAUUCCACUGCUUCUAUCUCUGCAAAAGUGAACAAUUCUAGUCUAGUUGGAGUGGGUUACACCCAGACCCUGAGGCCAGGUGUGAAGCUUACUCUGUCUGCCCUGAUAGAUGGGAAGAGCAUCAAUGCUGGUGGCCAUAAACUUGGUCUUGGCCUGGAAUUGGAGGCUUAAAAAGGUGAAGAAACUGCUGCAGAGAAGGGAUAUCGGAAGAAUUUGGCCUUAAAAUGUAUUUCCAAUGUGACCAGCAGGCUUUUUUUCCCAAGAAGGAUGACCUAGAACAAGAGCUGUAUUUGAAGUAUUUAGACAGUUACUUGUUAGCUGGUUUCUAGUUAAAUUGGUUACCCAUCUAGUUACAAUUCUGCAUUAGUGCAGUCACUUAAACAUUAUUUAAAUGUAUUUAACUGUUUAAUGCGCUACCCACAAAUAAUGAAAUAGACAUUUAUGAAAACUGUACAAUUGUGUGCAUGUUUGUUUUUAUGUUCCUUUUAACAUUCGAUAUUGCCAUUGAAUGAAAAAUGGAUCAGUGGAUGUCUUGAAAUGAGGUCAACAGUUUUGUUAUACCACCUUAAAUAGAAAUACAUUUGGUAUCCCGAGACAACUCAAAUUAUGAAUAAAACAAGUACACACACAUACUUGUGCCUCAGAUAUUUUAAGAGUCAAGAUAAGAGGGUAGUGCUCAGUUAAGUUAUAACUAAAAACAACCCAAGAUGUAGUGCUCUGUAUCUUUGUACAAUUACGGACCCAGCCCACCCAUGACAACAUUGAAUAUAGCUGGUUUUCACCAAACAGUUAUAUUCCUCAAGCAAGUUGAAUGUGUUUUUUUUUUUGUCAGUUAAGAUUUGUCAUAUCAGAUGGUUGUAUUCCCUUCCCUCUGUUGUUCCAUGGGCAAGACCUAACUGCAUUACUAGUUGGCCUGCUGAUGUAGAGAAUGCAGAAAGACAUGCUUGCCACAUUGAGACAUUUAAAAACUGUUACUUGAUGUUUUGCCCAACGGCAGAGGGAGAAAACCCACAAACACUUGUUUUGCUUAAAAUUGUUUGAAGCGCGACUUCUCUGCAACUGAAUGUAAUGGUGUCAUGAUAAAACAGCCUGCUUAGCCCAACUGCUUUGAAAGUUUCUGCUUAAAAUAAAUAAAGACUUAAUUUUAAAUGGAAAUGGAGGAAAAUAUAUCCAAUUUCACUUUCCCGUUGACUAAUAAAUCUUGGUAGAUAUGAUCAGAAAUGUGGAAUAAUAGAAAAACGUAUUUUUUUCUAGGGUGGCAUCUCUUAAAAUCAAACUCUUAAGGUCAAGCAUAAGUAGCUGUGGCUGCUUUUAAUGUGGGAUGUAUUACAUGCAGUCACAGUUCUUACAUUUAAGAGUAAGAUCUUACUCUAUUCAGGGAAUUGCUUGGAGUCUGUUUCUUUAGUCUCAUGGCUGAGAAAGCUAUCUCUUUACAGUUGGUCUUGCAGCCUGUAGUUCACAUACCUUUAAAAGGAAGGGGGUUAGGUUAUGGUUGUGUUAGGUUACUUAAUGCCCCUAAACAUCAGAGUGAUUUACUUGAGUUCUUGGUCCAUCUUGUGCUGUUGCCCUCGUUAUUGAAUUACAUACUAUAGCGAACUGCCUGUGUCCAGGCUUUAGCUAUGGAAUAAUUGAACCACCUUCUUUGCAGAAGGUGGAACCAGGCUUAUGCUGUCAUCUCAGUCUCUUGAGUGGGCUUGGUAGUGUCUUAGAACAGUUUUUUUUACGUGGAAAAGGGAAGGCUUGGCAGCAUAGGUCACUAGACUUACGCUUCAGAGAACCUUUAGUGCCAUUCUCACUUGAAUACCCUUUUCUUGGGACACUUCUACCACUUGGUGAUGGAAGAAGCAGCACAUAAGGUGUCAUUUGUUACUGUGUAAUUGCAUGCAAAUGUUUGAGCUGAUAUACUUCAAAGUAUUUUUACACAAGCUCUUCUAAAGCUAGAGAUUGUGUGGCCAGACAACUCAGUUUUAUUCCCUGUUCUCUUUUUAGUGUAACACAAAGCAUCUCCAGGCUUCUCCCAGAAAUAAAAAAAAGUGUGCCUGCAUGCAUCAUCCAACUGUAGCACUUGGGCAAAUAAAGGACUGUCUUUGUUUAUGACCGAUGCCUUGCAUCCUUAAACCAACACUGGCUACAGUACUGUUGUUGCUCUGGUUUUUGGAGGGUUUUGAUAAGGCUGUAGUGGUCUGACACUUAGUGUUUCAGGAACCAACUACCCUAGCCCUUUUCUUCACUGUUUGCUCACCUGUAUUUGUCAUUCUUGAGGUUAAGUAAUAGCCAAAUGAAGCAAAAGAAGAUCUUCAGAGUUUCUUGUUGCUUCUUCCUACAAAUUAGUGAUGAAAAACCUGAACACAUUUAUUUUACUAUUUUCAUGUGAAUCACUUCACUAGUCCUUAGCCUAGAAACCUUAAGCAGUUCCCUCUGUUAUGACACUGAUAGGCAAUGUGAGAAUUACAAGGGCUCUGCAGUAGUUAAAUGUGAAAAUGUUGAGCUUCCUAAAAUAUUGUCAUAAAUUGCUACCUUAAGUAAGAAAAAGAAGAUUGGUGUCUUAUCUCCUGGCAUCUCACAAGUAAGGCUUAUAGAAAUGGCUUUCAAACUUUCUUUUCAAGUAUGUUACAGAAGCUAGUGGUGUAACUGGAGUUUUUUGGUGAGGAAUGGUGGUAGUUUAAAUGUUUUCAUUAUGUUAGAAAAUGUGAAAAGCCUUAAUGAUAACUUUCAGCACUCGCCAGACUUUUCUCAGCUGUUGUUCUGAGCAAAAUAAAACACUUGAGAUCGUGA